AGCCUGAGGGAAACACAGCACACACACUCACUCACUAAUGAACACUGAAGUGCCUGAGAACGAGUGAGGAUUCCCUAAAAGUGGAGACAAAAACAUCGAAACAACAGGCAACCGUGCAUCACCCAGUGGGUUAAGCCCAAACGGAUCAUGUGGGUUCUGGAGAAGAUCCGGGACUCAGUCGAAACAAAUGUGCUCCGACAAGGAGAGGCGGGUGAAAAAGGGAAGGCUCCUGUUUAUAGCAACGUCCUCACACCAGAUAAGAUCCCAGAUUUCUUCAUCCCCCCAAGCUUAAGCUGCCCGCCAGAGCCCGAAGCUUCUGACGUUAAACCCAAAGAGAGUCUGAAACCCUCGACGUCUGAACAGACCAUCAGCAACAAAAAGAUCAGCAGCCCUCGUAGUCCUCGAUUGGUCAGCAAGUUAGCAGGAGACACCAAGAACUUACUGAGGGCGGCGAACCGCCACAUCAUUCAAAUUGAGAGCGCGGAUGAUGUUGUAGCAGGUGACACCAAUGCCGACCCUCAAUCCCAAUCUGCCAUGUCACUUCCUUACAUUCCAAAAACUCAGACUUCUUAUGGCUUUGCUACAUUGAUGGAGAGUCCCCAUACACGGCGGAAAGAGUCCCUCUUUCACUGUGACCACACAAGCCCAGUAACAUCACCCAACACACAACGCAAGUCCCAAAGCAAGAGCCCCAAUGAAGGGAACCACCUCAACCCUCCGGACUUUAACACCUCACAUAUAAACCCCUACCGAUACUUCAGGGGCGAGAGCGACACUUGUUCCUCAGCAGAGUCCUCUCCAUUCAGUUCUCCGUUGCUCUCCCGAUCCGCCUCUUUACUGAAGAUCUUUACCCACGAAACUCAAGCCAAGGUCGCAAAAGGAAAGCGGACAUUUGCCAGGCAUAGUUCCUUGUCUACGGAUGAGUGCAGCUCAGCAGAGCCAAGCCCUAAUGUUCCAAGACGGAGUCACUGUUCGUCCUUGCAAGCCGGCGGAGCUCUGGACCAUCUUCAUGGCGGGGACCGCCAACAAAAGGAGCACACCAUCAACAUGCAUAAAGGAGGCACGGUGCGACUUUGUGCAGACUACGACGCUGGAACGGCCCGCUUGCGAAUCCGCAUUAUAGCAGCUGAGGACUUGUACGAACCCAUGUUUGACAUUAAGAGCAUCAACUGUUGCGUGUCGCUCUACCUUAAUCCAGGCAAGUUGCAGAAGCAGAGGAGCACGAUAAUCAAGAACAGCCGCAAUCCCGUCUUCAACGAGGACUUCUUUUUGUUCGGUGACUUCGGUCAGGUUAAGAACCUUGCAUUGAAGAUCAAGGUUGUGAAUAAAGGCACUAGCCUGAAAAGAGACAUGCUGCUAGGUGAACGAGAGGUCCCUUUGUGUAAGCUCUUGUCUGGAUUCUAGGCCUUCAGAAUGGAACUCUGCCUUCAAAGGUGGAAUAAGGUCUUCUGUACUAACAUUUGCUUUGUUGUCCUUUCAUGUAACCUGAUGUGGUGGUUGAGUUAGUAUUUAAAAGUAACAAGCAACCACCACCUGCUCGAGAUCAAGGUAUUAGCAUAGCCUGUAAAUAUCUAAAAGUCUUUUGUAGGUCGCCUUCUGUAUUUUGAUUGUGCAACUCAUUUUAGCCUAAUUAAAACCAAGCAUUUACCUAUUUGAUUGUAAAGACUGUUUCCACCGAGCCGAAGACCUUUGAAGCUACACAAUGGCCUUCUGUGCUAAUGUUAGCUUUGAUCCUGGAUGCAUCUGCUGGCUAAUUUGGAGGAUGAAUAACCAGACUAAACAAUGUUUUGUCGUGUGUCGACGUCAUGUUGGCGUAAACUUGUAAAUGCGAUGACGUAUUCUUGCAACACCCUGCAGAAUGUCAUUUGGUGAAACCCAGAAGCCUUACUAAGGAGCGUUCUUUUGCAUGUUUAUGUUUGCUCAGAUUGGAUUAUUGUUUGGUUCAGCGUCAUUAUCUGUUUCUGUUUGUUGGAUAUCAAUAUAACGAGUGCUCUGGAUUGCACUUUUUUUGAAACAGGGUCUUUCUUUGAAAGUCUUUCCAUGCACACUACUUACCCAGAGUAGAGGCACCGAGUGUACUCGCAUUUGUGUUGUAUUAAGAUUAAAUGCCAAUCCAUGCCAUUUCAUCUUCAGCAAGGUAAAAUUCAUACACAAAGGAAAGCAUGUGUCAUUAUGCAAAUGAGUGAGCUGAUGUGCUCAUUCAAUGGAAUGAUUUAGAAAAGUGGUUGAAAUAUGACACAAAUAAGAUUAGUAGCAGAUGAAUGCAUUGAACUUUCAUUUCCGAUGUGAGAUGUUGUUAUUUUUAUGAUAAAAUCAGACUAUUAACUCAUUGAAAGGACAAUCUCCUUUGAUGAUUCAUAUUAAAUUGUACAAAUUUAGUAACCCUUAUUUCACUUCAUAGAUAAAGCGCAGAAAAGUCAUCUUUGAGGUAAUGAGGCAGCUAUAGUGCUCAUUAUAAUGCUAAAAAAACAUCAAAAAUGGCCCCAUUGAAACUAGCUAAUGGCUGGUUGGUUACACAGGGAAUGGACAAGAACAUUUCUAUAUUUGUGAUCUGUGGAUUGUGCAGUAAUUAUCUGAGUGCAAAAAGCACAUGUAUCUUUCCAUUUAUGUUCAAGUGUAUGAUUAAUUUCCUAAACCACUCGAAUGCUGGAGUCUUCCUGUUUUAACAGGCGUAUUUUGCAAAUUGAAAAAGUGCCAAUCCUGUGUACUUGAUGUAGAAGUGAACUGUUCACCUGCCGUUUGGUGUGUAUCCUUCAUAGUGGAUCCCGUCAACUCUGGUAGUUUGUAAUUUGUGUGCAUGGAUAAUAUUUUCACUGUGGUAAUCAACUUGUAAUAUAAACUAUUUUUUUGCAGGUGUUUGAUGGAAAUUUCGGUGUACUUUCUUCUGCACCCCUGCAUGGAUGUUCAUCUGUUGUACUUGUAUAUUAGAUGGACAAGUGGGGGUUAAUUUUUGUAAGUUUGCAACCAUAAAAAACAUAAUAAUAAAAAAU